AUGUUUGCCAAUUUUCGUAUACUACUGACGCUGUUAGUGCUUGUGAAUGUGUAUGUGCAAAAAUUGAGCGCCAACGAAACUGAAGAAUCGAUCAGGAAUACAAAUCUUACUCUUCCACUUGAAUUUGAAAAUGAAGAAGUUGAAACGAAAACCACAACUGAUGAGGCAAUAACAACAAUGCCAUGGGGGGCUGAAGUUUCAAAGGCGCGGAGCAUUGCUGACAAUAAUGAAAACGAUGUGCACAAAUUCGUACAAAAACAGUUGGCAGACAUGAGUACGGCGCAUUCUAAGGAAUCUGUAAAACCGCUAAAAAAUGUCUUUAGGGGCAUUUACAAAAGCUACAAGAGCACAUACAUGGGCAAUGGCACCUCAGCUGAGUACAAGAAAAAAUUAAUUCAACGUUUAAGUUCUUCCGCUAACACUUCCAACCCCAUGACGUCCAACAACGAGGAAGUAACCUUAGAAAACGAAAGAGCUAAGCAGCAAACUUCAUUGACUGCCAUCAUUGAACCAGCACCUAUUCCGCCACCCGCUCUCGAAAGUCAAGCACUCAAAGUGAAAUUAAAAGAAAAGCUACGUAAGCGAAAACGUAAAUAUCAUCGCUCGAACUCAAGUGCCAAGCGUGCAAAAACAAAUAAUCACUUGAACAAUUCAAAUAUAGGUGCUGAUAAGACAAAUGAGGGCAAUAACACUCACAACAACAGCAAUAACUGCGACGACAGGCACUCUGAUAUUCUACUUAGUAGCGCGCACUCCACACUCGACGAGCUAAGCGAUAAACAUUAUCGCUACACAAUUGGACCAGGUGUCAAUAUGAGUUUUGACAUGUUGAACGAUAUUGUGAAUGUCAAUUUGGAUGGCGAUAAUCUGCGUGAAAUAAUGCGCGGGCGCUGGCUAAGCGAUAAUACGGAAGAAGGUCGCGGCAAGAAGUACGAUAUGGUCACUAAAGUGUUGCCACUUUUCGUUUUGCCAUUCCUCAUACAAUCUGCCAUUGUGCCAUUUCUGGUCACUAAGCUGAAAUUGUUGUUGGUGAAAUCUAUACUUAUUGGAAAGUUGGCGAUAUUCCUACUCAUCUUAUCAGCGAUAAAGAAUAGCAAUAAAAUGGUGCAAUCAUACGAGGUAGCACCGUCGUAUUGGGCUGGUGAACCGAGUAGGCGAUCAGAAUUGGCGGCGGCCGCCUCGUCGACAGGUUAUAAUGGUUACCGGGUGGAGGGAAAACCAGCGGCUUGGAUUAAUUGA